AUGAAAUUGACCUUCAAAGAUCUGAAACAGCAGAAAUUCAACAUCGAGGUAGAGCCCUCUGAGACGAUCGCUCAAGUGAAAGAGAAGAUACAGGGUGAGAAGGGUUGGGAGUCAAACACACAAAAGCUCAUAUACUCUGGGAAAAUUCUACAGGAUGUGAAUACCGUUGAAUCCUACAGUAUUGAGGAGAAAGGCUUUAUAGUUUGUAUGACCUCAAAGCCUAAAGCAGCUCCCUCAGCACCAUCUACAUCCGCCGCCCCAUCCACGCCCGCGCCCAGCUCAUCACAAACACCCGUGGCCCCUGCUGCCCCCGCACCUGUCUCAAGUAACACAUCGAAUGCGCCCGCCACACCUUCACCGGCCCCCACCAGUGGGACUCCAGCAGAUUUUAAUGAUCCAUCAGCACUUGCGUUAGGUGCCCAACGAGAAGCAGCUAUCUCAAACAUGGAGAGCAUGGGCUUCCCUCGAGCAGAAAUCGAUCGCGCCAUGAGAGCAGCUUAUUUUAACCCUGAUCGAGCUGUGGAGUACCUCCUAAAUGGUAUACCAGAGAACAUACAACAAGAGCAGCGGCAGCAAGCCGCAGCUGGUACUGGUGGCAACCGUCCAGCUAAUACGCCUGCUUCUCCGCCCCCAGCUCAAGCUGCAGGAACCGCAGCUAGUCCAGCCCCAGCUGCUCCCGCGGCUUCAGCUUCGGCCGAAGAAGGUGACCAACCAAUUAAUCUUUUCGAAGCGGCCGCCCAAGCGAACCGCGGAGGUGGAGCAGGUGGUGCCCGAUCAAAUCGCGGCAGCGGGGACAGUGCAGGCGCAGGAGGUGCUGCAGCUGUAGCCGGAGCAGCAGCAGGACUGGCCGCAUCCGCCGGUACCGGUGCAGGCGGUGAAGGCGCUGGUCUAGGGAACUUGGAGUUUUUACGCAACAACCCGCAAUUCCAACAGCUUCGGCAAAUCGUACAGACGCAACCACGGAUGCUAGAACCUAUUCUGCAACAAGUUGGACAUGGUAAUCCGCAACUUGCCCAGCUAAUUGGAGAGAAUCCAGAUCAAUUUCUAAGGCUUUUAAGUGAAGACGUUGGGGACGACGUGCCUUUGCCACCUGGAGCACAGGAGAUAAGUGUGUCCGAAGAGGAGCGGGAUGCCAUCGAACGGUUAUGUCGUCUCGGUUUUGAACGAGACCUUGUCAUUCAGGCAUACUUCGCGUGUGACAAGAACGAGGAGUUAGCCGCGAAUUUCUUGUUCGACCAGCCUGAAGACGGGGAUGAAGGCGGUGCCGCCACCUGA